AGUGAUUGGUCCAAUGAAAGCGGGACGUCUAUUGGAUGAGAGGCGGGAUGUGUUAGACCCGGGAAGAAUUGUAUGGCGCUGCUCGGUUCCGGAAUACGUCCUAAUACAGUGAGCGGGACAGUACACACGUUCGUGCAAGAUCACUUCCCAGUGGUGCCCUCCUUAUCAUCACAGACUGGAGUACAGUGGAAGGUGACACCUGUAGAAAAAACAUAAGAGAGAAUCUUCACAACAGAUAAAAUGUCAUCUACAUUUUCGGAAUAUACAAUUGGUGGAGUGAAGAUUCUGUUCCCAUGCAGGGCAUAUCCUUCCCAGCUGGCUAUGAUGAAUUCAAUUAUGAGAGGACUGAACUGCAGGCAACAUUGUUUGUUGGAAAGUCCUACUGGGAGUGGGAAAAGUUUGGCCUUAUUGUGCUCAGCUCUUGCAUGGCAGCAGUCUCAGUAUGGGAAGCCUGUUGAUGAAGGUGCACAUGAAAAAGAAUGGAAAAAGGAGGAAAGCUCCCAUUGUACCUGCCCUUGUCAUUCAAAGAAGCCCCAUACAAGUGUUGCAUCUGCUUCUACUUCUAGUGAUAAAGCUGGGUCAUCCUCAAGUAAUCUAUCAUCCACUGUGAAUGAAUCAUUUAGUAGUCAGUCUACACUUGCUUCAAAACUAGCCGCAAAGAAACAAGCUUCUUUUUCUACAGAUGAUGAUGAUUUUCAGAAAGAGAGAAAACGAAGCCGAACAUCUCCAGAUGAGCUGCAGACACGAAAGAAACGUUGUUUUGACAAAGGUGUACAGUUUGAGGAUGAUUCAAAUGAUGGCAACAACAGUAUGGGACCCAGCUGUUGCAAACAGAGACAACCUGAUGACCCAUAUUUUGAUGGUUCGGCACUGUUGUCUACAAAGCAGCACUCUGAACCUUGCAAUCUUUGCUUUUGUGGGUAUGAUAAAAAUCAAGAGAAAUCUGAUCAAAAUGGCAAGAAAAAGGAAAGCGGACCAAGGCAGAAGGUGCCUAAAAUAUAUUUUGGCACCAGAACACACAAGCAAAUAGCACAGAUUACCAGGGAGCUAAGAAGGACUGCAUACUCUUCUGUUCGGAUGACUAUUCUUUCCAGUAGAGAUCACACCUGUGUUAACCCUGAUAUUCACAGUAAUAAAAAUGAAAAAUGCAGAGAACUUAUUGAGGCGAAGGAUGGGCCAUCAUGCCGUUACUAUUAUGGUGCUCAGAAGAUGAGUGAACAGAAUAUUUUGCAGUAUAGACUGGGAUUAAAUCAGGCAUGGGACAUUGAAGAGCUUGUAGGCCUUGGAAAAAAGCUUCGUGCUUGUGCCUACUAUGCAGCUCGUGAACUGAUGGUAGAAGCUGACAUUAUUUUUUGUCCCUACAAUUAUCUUUUGGACUCACAAAUUAGAGAAAGUAUGGACAUUUCCUUGAAAGAUCAGGUGGUAAUCCUAGACGAGGCCCACAACAUUGAAGACUGCGCCCGUGAAUCUGCCAGCUAUAGCGUCACAGAUGCACAGUUGCUUUUUGCAAGAGAUGAAAUAGACAACAUGGUUAUCAAUAGAAUCAGACCGAGCGACCAUGAACCCUUACGAGGGGUUUGCUACAGUUUGACCAAUUGGAUAAAAGAAUGUGCUGACAAUUUGGUGGAGCGAGACUAUGAAUCCUCAUGUAAAGUAUGGAAUGGGCAGGAGAUUCUUUCAAUUUUUCAUAACAUGGGCAUAACUAAUGCAACCUUUCCUCUCCUUAAGGGAAAUCUAGCUGCUGUAAUUGAAAAGGAGGAAAAGACAACAAUGCUAAAUGGCCAGGAAACUGUAGUGAAAGUUCCAACUCUUAGUCCACAAACACUAAUGGUUUUAAAGGGACUGUUUCUUGUCUUGGAUUAUCUGUUUCGUGAAAACAACAGAUUUGCAGAAGACUACAGGAUUGCCUUGCAGCAGUCUUACAUAUGGACAAACAAACGAGAUGUAGCAGAUGAAAAUGGAUUCUUUGCAAGACCAAAAAACCGUAAAAAUAUUAGUCGGAAAACUCUAGUUUACACGCUGAAUUUCUGGUGCUUGAACCCAGCAGUCGCGUUUUCUGAACUAAGUGGCAAUGCUCGCUCCAUUGUUCUAACUUCAGGCACCUUGUCUCCAAUGGGAUCGUUCUCUUCUGAACUAGGUGUUAAGUUUUCUAUCCAGCUAGAGGCCAAUCAUGUUAUCAAAAAAUCCCAGGUAUGGGUUGGGACAGUCGGUUCUGGCCCAAAAGGUCGUAAACUUUGUGCAACAUAUCAGCAUACUGAAACCUUCGAUUUUCAGGAUGAGAUUGGUGCACUUUUACUAUCUGUGUGCCAGACUGUGAGCCAUGGAGUUCUUUGCUUCCUGCCGUCUUAUAAGAUGCUGGAAAAAUUAAAAGACAGGUGGAUGCACACUGGCUUAUGGAACAGCUUAGAACAGAUCAAGACAGUCAUUAAAGAGCCACAAGGAGGAGAUAAAACUGACUUUGAUAAAUUAUUGCAGACUUACUAUGAUGCAAUACGUUUUAAGGGAGUAAAGGACGGUGCUCUUCUGAUUGCUGUUUGUCGGGGAAAAGUAAGUGAGGGACUGGACUUUUCUGAUGACAAUGCCCGUGCUGUUUUAACAGUAGGAAUUCCUUUUCCAAAUAUUAAAGAUUUACAAGUUGAACUGAAAAGGAAAUAUAAUGAUCACUACUCAAAAACUAGAGGACUUCUGCCUGGCAGCCAGUGGUAUGAGAUCCAAGCAUACCGAGCCCUUAACCAAGCUUUGGGGAGGUGUAUCCGGCAUAAAAAUGACUGGGGUGCACUGAUUUUAGUUGAUGACCGUUUCAGAUGUAAUCCAAAGUAUAUAACUGGACUGUCAAAAUGGGUGCGGCAACUUGUCCAGCAUCAUUCUAAUUUUAACAGUGCCCUGGAGUCUUUGGUAGCUUUUUCUAAAGAUCAACAGCAGGUCCAGGUAUCGAGUAUGGUCCAUGAUGAUACGUGUCUGCAGGAGCCUUCGCAUUCUAACAAGGAUAGCUUUAUCAAUUCUUCAUUACUGGACAUCUCUGUUCACCCUUCUUGUAGUUUUUUACAACCUAUAGAAGGGACCCUCUCUACUCCAAUCCGUGCCCCCCAACCAUCUGUUAUCACAAUUACCUCUAGUUCUGACCUGUCAGGAUCUGAUGAAGAUGAUAAAGGAAUAAAUAAAGGUGAUUUUGACGUUCUAAGACUGCAAAAAUCUAGAAAUGGGAAUUGGAGAAAGGGAAAAACAUAUCCAACUAAGAAUCAAGUGACAGAAAAAUCUGAAAAGCAAUCAAAACAGAGGUCAUCUUUUUAUUCUUUGUUCAAAAGAAGUCCACUCACUUCAACUCCUCUUCCCUCUUCAAGGAGAGACUCCAACCAAAACCGUAAUCUGCAGGUUACGAAUGACUGGGAAGUACUUGAGGAAAGAUCUACAACCUCAUCGAACAAAUUGACUUUGGACAAACCCGCCUCAAACAGUGAAGGAGAUUGUGUUGAGAAUUUGCUUAAUGUCAUUCCAUUAUUUCGUGAAAACACAAAUGCUAUUAAUACUAUGUUAGAAAAAACUGAAAGCUCUAAUACUGAUAUAUCUGAGGAAGUGUACGAAGAUGUCACUAUCCAUUGUACUCCGGAACUUUUCGACAAUGAGUUUGAGAGUCACAGUCCUGAUAGGAGGGGGCAGGACAACUUUCUGCUUACAUCCGAUGAUGGUUGCCUCACACAUAACAAGGACAGUGACAACAAUGGCAAAGAAAGAGGGGCAGAAAACAAUUUAAACACUUGUAAUCUUAACCCAGUAAUAUACCAAGGGGAUUUGUUACCAAAUGAAUGUUCUUCUGUCAAUGCAGUGAGUGGUUGUGAAAAUAGCCGUAAUGUACAAAGUGAGAACAAAAGAAAGAACAGGCUUUCUAGAUCAAAGAAUAAAAGCUUAAAUUUUGAGUAAAAAGCAGUAAAACAUGUAUUUUAGAUGACAGAAGUAGUAAAACUGUACAGCUUUAUAAAUGUAAGCAUGUAUAUGCCAUUUGGGGGUCUUCCUGAUUAGACUAAGGGCUAAUAAUAAUAUAUGAUUUGCAAUUGAAUUGUUGGCAUUCAUGUUAAAGGGGAACUCUUUAUUUCCUGUGCUGUCCUAUCCUGAGUAGGAGAUGUUGAGCUAUGAGAUGUACUGCUUUCUAUGAUUUACUGCCUGUCAGGAUACACAGAAAGGAGAUUUAUCAAAACCUGUCCAGAGGAAAAGUAGCUGAGUUGCCCAUAGCUACCAAUCAGAUCGCUUCUUUAACUUUUCAGAGGCCUUUUCAAAAAAUGAAAGAAGCGAUCUGAUUGGUUGCUAUGGGCAACUUUUCCUCUGGACAGGUUUUGAUAAAUCGCGAUUGAGAGAGCAGAGGAAUUGCAUUAUAGAAGCAUUUACACAACUUUUUACAUGUAAAUAUAAAACAAAACAUAAACUAGAUAGUGUAGUCAGCCCCUGCACCCCUUCAUAUGAUUAGAAUAAGAUAUAGGAGACCUGAUAGUGUCACUUUUAAAGAUGCAGUCACAAUGUGUCCUAUAUCCCACAGGCAUCAAGUGAGACAAGUUGCUAGAUCUUCACCCCAACUGAAUUAUAGAUUGAAGCAAGAACGGACAAUAAAACUUGGAGGUGGAUUCAGAGUGGUCCAUUUACUUUCUUUUUUAACUUGUACAAAAUCUUCAGGUCCUGUUUUUAUUUAUUCUGCAAAUAAUUUAGGCAAUGCAUCCAUAAUGGCUCAAUUAAUCUUUAGCCAACAUAGUAUGACGGUAAACCAUUUUCAUACAUGAUAAAUCUGUAGCCAACAGACAGCAAUGGUAGAGUGGGGAACACAUGAUGGCAGAAUCAACCCUUAACGAAUAAUUGGAAAAAAAUACUGUUUCAACAGAGAAAAAGAAUAGAGAUGAGCGAACUUACAGUAAAUUCGAUUCGUCACGAACUUCUCGGCUCGGC